AUGCUUCUACUACCACCUAGUGUAUACAAUAGUGCUGAUGAACUUUUUCAAAGUGUACAAAAGUUCAUCAAUUCCCAAGGGUAUGCUCUGUCAGUAGCACAGCUAAUAUUAAAAAACAUAAUUGAUACUCCUCCACUUGCAUUGCAAAAUUCCCAAGUAGUUAUUACAAAAGGACGUUCUUUAGAUAUCUCUAAUAAGCAAACCAAUUUAACCAGAAGAGAUCUUUUUGGUUUUGA